UCUACCUUUGAUGACUUAUUGCGAGUGAACGUGGGAAACCAUAAAAGAAGCAACUGUAUCUCAGGGAAUCCGCAUCCAAGGUUCCCGAUUCUGAAAGCACUUUAUAGUUUAUAUGAUUGAUUUGAACACGGCUUACAUUAUCACCCUCCGUACCCAAACUGCUCUCUCUAGUUUCUCUGUGUUGCCACUCUCUUGUCCGUUCUCUGUUUCUUCCGGUUUUGCAAUUAGUAUUUAAACUUCCUACCUAAGAAUCUGAGGUUGUGAACUUGUGAACGUGAUUGUGAUGCGUGCGGAGGAUUUCUUUGGCCUACUUUGGUGUCCCAUGUAGUGGGGUUUGCAUCGGGUUUUGAUCGGUAGGUGAAGUGAUUUUUCUAGGAGGGUCUCCCUGCUGGAUUUUCAUUGAAUACCUCCUCAAUUACUCCAACUGAGAGGAUUAUACAUCUGGUGAUUUGAAAAUGUAUUUGGUGGAGAGCAAAGGAGGUGCCAUCCUAUGCAUGCUGAUUUCCUUGACGUUCUUGGGCACAUGGCCUGCUGUUAUGACUCUCCUGGAAAGACGCGGUCGUCUUCCUCAACAUACUUACCUUGACUACUCGAUUACAAAUCUCUUGGCUGCUGUCAUUAUUGCUUUAACAUUUGGGGAGAUAGGCAAGAGCACACCUGAUUCGCCCAAUUUUUUUGUUCAACUUUCUCAGAAUAACUGGCCCUCCAUUUUGUUUGCAAUGGCGGGUGGGGUGGUGCUCAGCAUUGGCAACCUAUCUACUCAGUAUGCUUGGGCUUUUGUUGGUUUAUCAGUGGUGGAAGUGGUCACUUCAAGCAUCACUGUGGUUAUAGGCACAACCUUGAAUUACUUUUUGGAUGACAAAAUCAACAGAGCUGAGAUUCUUUUCCCUGGUGUUGGUUGCUUCUUGACUGCGGUUUGUCUUGGCUCUUUUCUUCAUGCAUCCAAUGCAGCUGAUAAUAAAAAAAAGCUCAGUGAUUAUACAGUUGGAGCCGAGGCUACAGGUGUUUCCACGUCUAAACAAACUGUUACAAACAAUGUUGGAGCGAAGGAUCUCGAAAAUGGAAGGUGUUCUGCAGAGAAAGCCAAAGCUGGGACUGCAGGUUUUCUCAUAGCACUUGAGAAUAGAAGAGCAAUUAAGGUGUUUGGGAAGAGCACUUUGAUUGGACUGGCCAUAACUUUCUUUGCUGGUGGCUGCUUCUCUCUAUUCACACCUGCAUUCAAUUUGGCAACAAAUGAUCAAUGGAACACUUUAAAGGAAGGGGUUCCUCACUUGUCUGUUUAUACAGCAUUUUUCUACUUCUCAGUCUCCUGUUUUGUCCUUGCCAUCAUUCUGAACAUCACCUUCCUUUACCACCCGGUACUAAAUUUACCGAGAUCAUCACUUAAGGCUUACGUGAGAGACUGGAAUGGCCGAGGGUGGGCCUUUUUGGCUGGAUUUUUGUGUGGGUUUGGCAAUGGACUCCAAUUUAUGGGAGGUCAAGCUGCAGGAUAUGCGGCAGCAGAUGCUGUUCAGGCACUUCCACUCGUGAGCACCUUUUGGGGAGUACUUAUCUUUAAAGAAUAUCGGAAAUCAUCACGAAGGACAUAUGUAUUACUUGUCAGUAUGUUGUUUAUGUUUAUUGUAGCUGUUGGAGUUCUUAUGGGAUCAUCAGGGCAUCGAAAAAAGUAGACUGGCGAAAGGGCAUUGCUAGAAAUUGUACAAAGCAUAAAUGAUCAAUUUAGUUUAUACACUUGUCAAGAGCAAGCAUAUUCUGCUGCCUAGGUGAUUGAUUGAGAUGCAAAGUUGCUUAAAUUUAUGGAAUUUAAUGGAUCUCUGUUAGCAUGCAGUGGUUGAUAUAGAAACUGCACAUACAAAAAUGUAUUUGGAAUCUUUCUUUCUAUAUCCUUGUAAAUUUUCUUUCCAUAUCCUUGUAAAUUUUCUUUCCAGUAUGCAAAUUGCGUAGUGUUCUCUGUUUCGUGCAAUAAAAAAAUAAUGCCCCCUUCCCUUCCUUCUGCUGU